AUGGGCUCCCACCAAGUCAGCGGUGACAAACCCAUCCUCCUCUUCACCAGCCUCCCAGCAACCGGCCACAUAACUCCCACCCUCCGCAUAGCUUCUUCCCUCCACGCUCGCGGCUGGCCCGUCUUCUAUCUUGGUCCUACCGCCCACAAGGCCACCAUAUCCGCCACCGGAGUCAAGUUUCUCCCUUUCCUCGACGACGCAGAUUUCAACAAUUUGGCGUACUUUGCCUCUCAGUCUGGUGAUGAUGCCGGGGAAGGGGAAGCUCCUUUGCCCUCACCUCCGGUGUCUGAGCCCGAGGCUACUACCACAGACAAAGCUGCUCCAGAACCAACAUGGCGCGACCGCAUUUUAUUCAUCGCCCGGGAAAUGAUCAUCUCUCCCAUCCCCUCUCAGCACCGUUCUCUCCUCGCCGCUCUUGUUCAUAUGCACCGCCUCUACAGCAGCCACCCCUCUACCUCCCACCCUUCCAUUCCUUCACAACGAAGGGUAAUAGUCAUAGCCGAAUCAAUGUUCAACGGCCUCCUCCCCUUAUUCCACUCUGCCCCCCUCCCACCUUUCAUCCCCAAGCCAAUAGCCUUCCUCGCUCUCAGUGUCAUGAUACCCCCUCUCCGGUCUGUCGACCUGCCGCCGCUAAUUACCGAACCCGUUGAAUUCAGCACUACCUCCUCCUCCUCCUCCUCCUCCGAAACCCAUCGGAAACGUGUCGCCGAGAUGUGGAGAGAUUGGGAGGUGGAUACAAAGGACCUGAAAGAUUUCAUGGUAGAGAAGGUGGAACGAGAAGCUGGCGGGAAGGACUUUGCCAAAGCCAUGGAUGCACAUGAAAGGAAAAAGGGGCGGGAAAGUGGUUGGGCGUGGUUAAGUGGGGAGAACUUUGUUGGGUAUAAUCAUGUUUUUCAGGUUGGUGUCGAGAGCUGGUUUUAUAAGACGGAGGAAGGGUGGCCGGGGAAUUGGAGCUUUGUGGGGGUUGUGCCGAAGUUGGUUCCUGUCCUUGAGGAGGAGGCGAAGCAAGCGCUGGUGGAAGAGGUAAAGCGGGCGAGGGAAAAAGAAGGGAAGAAAGUGGUGGUGGUGACACAGGGUACGGUGGAGAUUGACCCCAGACAACUCAUCAUUCCGACUCUUCAAGCUUUGAGUGCCCGACAAGAAGACAUUUUGGUGGUAGCCAUCUUGGGACAUCGCGGCCGGAAACUACACAAGGACGUGCUGGUACCUGGUAACGUGAAGGUAACAGAUUACCUCCCCUACGACGCUAUCCUCCCUUAUGCCGAUGUUUUCGUCAACAAUGCUGGUUACGGAGCAGUGAUGCACGGCAUUGGUCACGGGGUGCCGAUGGUUGUCGCGGGAGAAGAACAGGAUAAGAAGGAAAAUGCGACCAGGGUGCAGUGGCGCAGACAUGGGAUCAAACUGAGUAGAUCGUGGACGGAGGGAAAGGAGUACGUAAAGGAAUUAGGGGAGGCUGUUGAGAAGGUUUUUGACGACAAGGAGGGGAAGGAAGUGAGGAAACGAGCUAGGGAACUGAAGGACGAAGCGGACGGUAUUGAUUGCGUCAAGACUGUCGAGGACUGUUUGUUGUCAUAUCUGUAA